GCCAACACACUCGCACUCAACAUCCGCGUAUUUGCGCAUCGCGCGUGAGAAGACGUUUCUUUUUUCUUUAAACACAUUCCCAAUAUAGUAGAUUUAAUCACUGUGCUCGUUGGCUCCGCAUAAAAAGCACAUCUCUAAGUCGUUUUUGUUACAGCAACAUAGCUAGUUUACGCACGAAAUUCGUAGAAAAACGAAGAUUGAUUUUUGUGGAAAUCUAAACAAAUUAUUAUCAAAGACGCGAAAUCUGAAAGUUUCCUUGAAAUUUCCGCUUCAACGAUGUUAACGUAUAACCGAAAGAUCGAAUGGAUGGUGGCUUUGUUCUUGGGACUGGUGAUUGGGAGUGUGAUAUGUAAUCCAAUGUACUACAAAAAGACAGACGACGACACCUAUGAACCUGAUCUGGUGGCUGUGUCGUCAACGGUCAUUCCCGUCUACUCGUACCAUGUGAAUUCAACCGGAGCGGUUAAGUAUCAUGCGAUGGACGAAGACGAGUAUCGACUUGCGUACAUGCGACUCAUGACGCACAAAAAACGUAAACCAUCUGCAGACGAUCCGGACACACUUAUCACAUUGACUAAGAAGUAUAAUCCGGAGAAAACGACCAACGAACAUGAAGCAACCGUCAACAGCGCGUGAAGAAUGAAGCUGAAGAGAACGACUAACUACUUUCUAAUCAAAUAAUGUUUAUUUACACUUUUCAAUGUUAACAUUUAACUAUUUUUGUGUUUUUUUUUAUGAUCGAAUAAAAGUGAUUCAAGACUAAUUCACCAGAUUGUCGCAGAUGUUUCAAUAGUUUGAAGUAGUCACACCGCUGUGAUUAUAUUAACAAGAACAAAGUGUAUAACUCCGGGCAAUAGGGACUGUGUUCAACGACAACAUCAACGACAACAUCGACGAACACCCAAAUCAAAUACACUUCAACAUUUGAUGCCAAUUUUUUUUUCAUGCGACCACCAAUAAUUUUUGCAAUGGCCAAUCGAAUCAUGUUUUGUUAAACAAACAAAUGGCAGUGUUAUCUAACAAUCCAGUGGAGAAAUAACAAGCAUAGUUAACAGUAUAUGAAUGUGGUGAAUGAAUGAUGAUCUAACGUCGACGUCUUUGUUUAGCGAAAAUCACAUUUUAUUAAAAUUUCUUAUUAAAUGUCAUUCAUUACUAUUCAUAUGCGUAUUUUUACAAUGUUCCGAUUUACCCAACUAAUUCUAAAAACUUCACGUACUAAUUGAUUAGCUUUAUUGUAUACUGUCAGUUGAUUAAUUAGUAGGCUGUAAUGGCUUAAUAGUUAAUAUCGUUAAAACUAUGAUUAAAUAAGAUCAUUUUACAUUUGAA